GGUUCACACACACACACACACACACACACACACACACACACACACACACACACACACACACACACACACACACACACACACACACACACACACACCCAAACAAGAGGUUGUAUAGUGUCGCACACGCACACCGUCACUGAAGGCGCGGGCUUGGCUGAGCGGCACACGCGCAGAAUAGUUACCGGUACCGGCAUGGCAAACGGUUGGGGUCAGUGUGUCUGUUCGCUUUUCAACUACAAGACGGAGAAAUUCUUCAUCGCGUCAAACAAGAAAAUCGGAGUGUUAUUCAGACUCUUUCAGCUCGCCGUGAUCGGAUACUUAAUCGGAUGGGUCUUCAUAUGGAAGAAAGGCUACCAAGAGAGAGAAGAGGCAUUCGAGAGCUCGGUGUUCACAAAGCUUAAAGGUUUUGCUCUCAUUAACACCACAGAGCAUGGGUUCCAUGUGUGGGGCGCUGAAGAUUAUGUCAUUCCUUCUCAGGGGGAUAAUGUCUUCUUUAUUGUAACCAAUUACAUUGAGACUCCAAACCAAAGGCUGGGCUUGUGCGCUGAGAGUUCAAAGGUCCCUGAUGGUGUCUGCUCUCAUGAUGAUGAUUGCACAGAUGGAAUUCCUGUUAUUGCAGGUCAUGGGAUGAAGACGGGACGCUGUAUGAAUGAGACAGGCACGUGCCAAAUUUAUGGCUGGUGUCCAGUUGAGUGCAGUCAAACACCAAGGGUACCAUUGCUGGAGAAAGCAGAAAACUUCAGCGUCUACAUCAGGAACUUCAUUAGGUUUCCGAGGUUUGACUUCUCCAAAUCCAAUGUUCUCCCCUCCACCAACCACACAUAUCUGAAGUCUUGCUACUAUGACAAAGUCCACCAUCCAUAUUGCCCCAUCUUCCGAAUAGGAGAACUGGUCAACUGGACUGGUCACAGCUUCCGAGAAAUGGCUGUCAAGGGUGGAAUUGUUGGAGUAGGGAUUGAGUGGAAUUGUGAUUUAGAUAAAGACUACUCUAAAUGCAACCCCAUGUACAGCUUCACUCGUCUGGACAACUCGAAAUACGAAAACAUCACUGGAUACAACUUCAGAUUUGCUCGCUAUUACAGAGAUGCAGCUGGAGAGACUUAUCGCUCGCUGUUUAAAGUGUAUGGCAUUCGAUUUGAUAUCAUGGUUAACGGGGAGGCAAGGAAAUUCAGUAUUGUCCCCACAGUGGUGAACAUUGGGUCUGGAGUUGCUUUAAUGGGUGUUGGGGUGUUCUGCUGCGACAUGAUCCUCAUCUAUAUGAUGAGUGGGAGCUCGUUCUAUAGACAGAGGAAGUUCGAGACUGUGGUAAACAAGCAUGACAGACGAUCCAAAGAGGAGAAGCGCACGAGACACCAUCGGCACGGCCAUGAUAGACACAAGAAAGAAGACAAACUGGACUUGGAGAACGAACUGCUGUCGUCCUCGCCGACUCGUAGUCCGAGAAUACACAAACAUCGCAGUCAUGAACAGAAGCACGUUAAAGAGGCAACAUCCAGAUCCCACCACAGUCCUCAAAGAAAGCCCGUGGCUCAGGCUUCCUCAUCCAGGAAGCCACACAGUCCAAAAAAAUGAAGUAGCAGAUGAAGAAACUGAAAUUGUUUUGGGAGAGAAUUACUGUAUACUGUGAAGGAAAAAUGAUGGAGCUGAGAGAAAGUAUUUAUUUUUGCAGGCAAAUAAGGUACUAUUCCAUGCUAUGCCAAAGUUGAGCAACUCUGUGAGUAUGUUAACUGUAGCUGAAAGGUCGAACCUUAAACCGCUAAUUGCUUUAGACAUGACUGACUUAUUUGUAAGGAAAAAAUACUCCAGAACCUAAAGAAAAUAAAGCUGCUUGAAAUGUACUAGAUGACAGAGUGAGCCAAGUCUCUCCAGCCUUGUUAAGACAUUACAGGAAGAAGACGCUAUAGGGGAAAGUGGCAUUUUGCAGAAAUUUUUUGCACGUUUGACAUUUCACAGCAUUUAAGGUCAAAAUAUCAAUAAAUGCAUGGGAUUCGUUUUGGUAUGUUUUCAUGAAGUGUGCCAAAAAAUUCUAGAGUUGAUUGAUGUAAAAUGUGAACAGUAUUUUUUUUUAAAUGCUAGAAAAUGUGUGAAAUGGAGGUUACAUUAGUUGCUACAUUGCCUUUUGAUAUUUUAACUUUUUUAAUUUUUUUUUUUUUUUUUUUUUUACACAUAUUGCCUUUUAUUAUAAAUGUAAAGAUAAUGCAUGCUUGUUGAUGUAAAGGUGGUUAAAAAGCUAAAUAAAUAAAUAAACACUUAAAUAAAAGAAUUAC